AUGGCUCGACCUGCGCUUUUAGCACUCUCCCUCACGCUUCUCCUCGCCGUCGCGAGUGCUGGAAGUCCCCUCACGAGCUCCUCUGCAAAUGCUAAGCCCGACGCGAAUGGAAAGAAAGACGACGGUCUCAUGACCGACAUUCCCAAGGACAUCGCGAAGCAGGUUGCGGCAGGUACCGCGGCUGGUGUUACGUACGUGGAUACCGCGCAGGACACAUUCUUCAUGGCUGAAGUGAAAAAGGCCGGAUGGAACGCGCAGAAAUGCCCGCCGGGAUUAAACAAGGAGCUUGCGGGCGCAUGUACUGCAAAGAAUUGCUCCAAGGGCGGGAUUGCAGCUAAGUGGAAGACCUCUUACCUGCAGAAAAACAAGCUCGGAUUCGAGCUGUACGUGCCGGGUAAUCCGCUGACUCUUCUCAAGGCGAAUCCCGCGUCGUGUUGCAACACCUGCGCCGCGAUGCCGCUUUGCACCUACUGGCAGUACAUCCCCGAUAUAACCAUCGACGGGAAGAAGGGCAAAGGCGCGUGCUAUCUGAUUCACGAUCAGAUCGACUUCUCCUGCGGAGAAAUGACCGCGCAGUACAACACGGAAACGAAGCCCGUCCACCUGCAAGUGCGCAUCGGCGGCGAGUGCAACCCGAACCCGAAAAUCCUCAACGACCCGCAUCUGGUCGGCGCGCACGGCACGCAUUUCGACUUCAACGGCCGGCCCGACAAGGCGUUUUGCCUGCUGACCGACCGAAACCUGCACGUGAACAUGCUGCUGCGUGGGUAUUAUGACGAGAGGACGGAUAACUCCGCGGCUGCCGUGGUUGACGGGAAGGCGGUGCACACGUGGAUCAAGGAGCUCGGCAUUGUUUGGACUGCUGCGGGUGUGGAUCAUAAGUUCCGACUCGCGGCGCGCAGCGGCAAGCAGCAGGAGCGCGGCGAUGGAUUCGUGAAGGAAAUCGAGAUUGACGGCGCCGCGAUUCCGCGCAUGCAGGUCGGCGACAAGGUUACCAGCGCCGGCGGUCUGACACUCGAAUUCCGCGGCUUGGAGAAGGAGGGACCGUUCGAUGUGGAUUACUAUUUGCUCUCGAUCGACGGGUUAAUUACCCUUGACCUUCGCCUUCGCGUAGCGCAUCCGAAAUUGCAGACUCCAACCGAAGCCGAGGCGCACAUCAACGUCGGGAUUGCCGAGCUCGAGCACACGGAGGAGAUUCACGGCGUGCUCGGGCAGACGUACCGCGCGGAUCACGCCGCGCGCGCCGCGGAUUUCCAGCGCCUCGUCGCGAGCAUGCACCGUCCGAUCUCCGCCGAUGGCGCGGAGGGAGAGGGGUUUCUGGAUGGAACUCCCCGGUCGUACGAGGCAAGUGAUGUGCUUGCUGUGGAUUGCGCUUAUACCGCGUAUGGCCGCGCCAGGAAGUGGGCUGGCCAAUGUGUGGUUUCCUAUGAUGCAGCCAAUUUAGGCCAAGUUUUCCGGUGA